UUCACUUUAGCUUAAAUAGCAGCAUGGAUGGACGGACAACAGAGAACAGGAAAAUAAAUGCACGCAUAGAUGUGAUGGAAGUAAAAGAGGAACCUCUGGACCUAAAUGAAGUAGAGGAGAAACUACAGAAACCUCAUGAUAUCAUCACUGAAGAAAAAUCUUUUGAUUGCUUACAAAUAUCAACUGAGAUGAGACAAACCAAACAUUCUGUCAGUUCCUGUCAACAUGGACACCACAGUGAUGACGUGAGCAAUAACAAUAAAGAGUGCCAGCAGUGUGGAAAAAGUUUUAUACAUGAAGACGACCUUGAGUCUCAUGCAAGUUUUCACACCGGAGAGAAUCCAUACAAAUGUCCUCAAUGUGAAAAGAGUUUUGCACAUAGAGGACGACUUAGGAAUCACAUAAAAAUUCACACUGGAGAAAAGUCUUUUAUCUGCCCUCGGUGUGGAAAGAGAUUUAUAAAUUCAGGUAAUCUUUAUAGACAUUUGAGAAGUCACACUGGAGAGAAGCCGUACACCUGCUCUCAGUGUGGAAAGAGUUUUACAGAGAAAACAUACCUUGAGCGUCACUUACCAGUGCACACCGGCCAAUGGCCUCUCACUUGCCUUCAAUGUGGAAAGGGUUUCACAAAAGCAGGAAGUCUCAAAAUUCACCAGCAAUCUCAUUCUGAAGAUAAACCAUUCAACUGUGAUCUUUGUGGAAAGGGUUUCAAACAAAAAGGAAGCCUUCAGAAUCAUAAAAAAAUUCACACCGGAGAGAAGCCGUACAAAUGUCCUCAGUGUGAAAAGAGUUUCAGACGGAAAGGACACCUAAAGGAUCACAUAACAAUUCACACUGGUUACAGACCUUUCACGUGUCCUCAGUGUGGAAAGUGUUUUAGAGAGAAAAGAUACCUUGAGCGUCACUUCCCAGUGCACACCGGCCAAUGGCCUCUCACUUGCCUUCAAUGUGGAAAGGGUUUCACAGAAGCAGGAAAUCUGAAAAUUCACCAGAAAUCUCAUUCUGGAGAAAUAUUGUUCAACUGUGAUCAGUGUGGAAAGGCUUUCAAACAAAAAUGCAGCUAUAAAACUCAUCUAAAAUCUCACCUUGGAGAAAGGCCUUACAAAUGUCUUCAGUGUGAAAAGAGUUUCAGACGGAAAGAACACCUUAAGGAUCACAUGACAAUUCACAAUGGUUGCAAACCUUUCACGUGUCCUCAGUGUGGAAAGGGCUUCACAAAAAAAAGACUCCUGAAUGAUCACAUAAAACACCAUUUAAAUAUGCAAAGUGGAUGAGUUAUGUAUAUGUAUUUAUGUAUAUAUAUAUAUAUAUAUAUAUAUAUAUAUAUAUAUAUACCUCUCAAUUGAGAGAAAUAGGAAGAAAAAUAAUAAUAAAUAAUGUUAAUGAUAAUCAAAUAAAUAUAUAUAUACAUUUUCUCUCCCCAUACAGGGGAUGGUCACACCACACACUGAACUCCUACAAAACUUCUCCCAAGCCCUGAGGUGGAGACAGUUUAUUAAGGAGUUCAAUGUAGUGACAUAUAUUAAGAUGGUUAAUCCACACUGUCUAUUCUCCGUGAGCCCCUUACAGGUUGUGGUGGCACUACUUGGUCAACUCUUACAAAGCUUCUCCCAAGCCUUGGGGAAGGAGUCAGUUUAUUAGGAAGUUCUCUGACAUUGCCUUGCACUAGAGAGGUUUCUAGGCGCACAGAGGGUUAAAACCAGCGAGUUUGUUCUUCCUACUCCUGGCACGCAGGACAUUUUAGAGCAUCUGGACUUAAUGACGCAGAUGGACAAAUGGCAUCAGUUUUAAAGGAGCAUUUCACCCAUAGAAACAUUAAUCUUUAUUGAAAGUGUGUCAUAUUUGUAGUCCAAAUGUAACAUACAUUUAGAAUUUGGUGCCUAUUUGACAGAGAAAAGGGGUGUUUGUAGUAUCACUCCCUCAACAAAGAUAUUGGACUUCCUUCUUUCAAUGAUGCAAAAUGAUGAUUUUUACAUCAUUGAAAGAAGGAAGUGCAACACUGAAAUCUGUAUUUCUCCUGUCUCAGCGGCAACUGAGAAAAUUAUGCAUGACCAUUUAAAAACAUGACUGGGGUUCUAACUAUACAAAGCUUAAUGCAAAUGGGUGAAGUGUCCCUUUAAGAAGGUUGCUGUUAUGACCGUGUUGCCCUUGCUUCUUUUUUGUCCACCAAUCAAGUAACUUGUCAUAAGUAAAAAAUGAACAAAUAAAUAAAUGAGUAAACUAUUGUGUAUCGGUGAUCUCACAGGCUGACCAUAGGACAAUUUCAAAAUGGGCCAUAUCACCCAACACUAGUCACAAUAUUCCAAGGUUCGUUCUUUUCAGAUAACUACCAUUAAAAACUCAUAACACACGGUAACCCGGAUGCUGCAAAUCAUUUUGCCAAGUACAGUUUAAUAUUCUACAAAAAUGUAAUAUGUCAUUUAAUAACAAAAACUAAAUGCAGCUAUUAAGCUCAACUUAAAACUCACACAGGAGAGAAGCUGUACAAAUGUCUUGUUUGGACGCUUCUACUUGCACUCUGUGCUUUUGGUUUUUCGCUAUUAUCUUUUGAUUUAACUAACAGCAGUUCAGCACAGUGCUCAAUCUAAACAAAAGUGAAAUUCCAAAAAAACUAACUAAGAAGGUUUCAAGUCUCAGUUAAAAACUUAUCUUUUUACUCUGAUGUUCGUUGUGAAUAGACCAUAUAUCUUGAUGUUAUUUAUUAUUUUAUCUCAUGUUUAUCUUCUUAGAUGUUUUUAGUUUCUUUGUAUAUUAAUCUUGUUUAGUUGUUAAUUCCUAUUUGUAUGCCUUUUUAAUACUGGGAAGCACUAAAAUGUGCUAUAUAAAUGAAUAAAGUUGAAGUUGAAUUGGGCACUGAAAAUAAAACUACAAAUUCUUGAAGCUAUAUUGAUAUUUGGAAUAUUCAACAACCUGGGGAAUGUCAUAGCGGUCUACCAGUCUGUUAGUGCCGGCAGUUGACAUUCCUAAAACAGGACAACGCAGCUGCCAAAAUGCCUUCUUUUGGAUCUCAAUCCACCUGCUGCUCAAACUGCCCCAGACUUCUAAAAAAGAUCCUUUUCAGGGGAUGGUUCAAAACCAUAAUCAUCAUAUUAAACUAUUAUAUGUAUUCAGUAUUGUUUUCAUUUUAUGAAAAUAUUAUUAUGCAGUAGAUAAGACAUAAGCUUAUGAAAUUAUUUGCUUAUUUAAAAAAAUCAUUUAAAACAUAACAAAAGUACGUGCAAACACAUUAAGAAGUGUUAUUAACAUUGUACUGUAAUCACAUUUUUGUGAUAGUAGCAGAAUUAAUAAAUCAGCAAAAUCAGCGUAUUUUUAUCAGCAUAAUAUUAGUUGUGUUUAGUAGUUUCUAUAAAAAAUGGUUUUACUGGAUGGAUGUGUGGAUACAGUUAAUAGAUGCACAUGCGCCACAUACACAUUCAGCACUUGGGCGUGUAGUAUGGUUUAAACAAAUGUUUUGUAUAGAUUUACUGUGUUUGUACCAGCUAUUAUGGCAACCCCCAACUGCACAAAUUAUGCCGGUCUUCCUGGAUUAGGUAAUAAACAUUAAAAAGCCAGUCAAAAUGCACACUCGUGUCCCUCACAAUACGACUACCAUUAGCUUUAGUGGCUCACCGGAAGUCUUACACAAAGGAUCUCAAAGAUGGUGAUGCCCAGAUUUAUGUCAAAGAUAUGGUGUGGAUAGUAUGUUUGAGAAUAGAACUUUAAUAAAAUGUUAUUGUUAUCAUUUAUAAUUGAAUUUUUACAACAACACAAACUAUUUAUACAGAUAUGCAAUUAUAUAUUAGGCCUAGAGCCUAUAUUUCUGCAUAUGUACCUGUGUAGCUAAUGGAUUUCAGAUCAAUCUAAUAUUACCAAGCUAAUCUUACAUGUGAGUAUAAUCUGAGUGGACAUCCAUGACAUGCGGAGUCCCGCAAGGCUCAAUUCUAGCACCACUCCUGUUCAACCUGUAUAUGCUCCCACUGAGCCAAAUAAUGAGAGAGAACCAAAUUGCCUAUCACAGUUAUGCAGACACCCUCAGAUCUACUUAGCUCUAUCCCCUAACGACUACAGCCCCAUUGACUCCCUGUGCAAAUGCAUUGAUGAAGUUAACAGUUGGAUGUGCCAAAACUUUCUUCAGUUAAACAAAGAGAAAACUGAAGUCAUUGCGUUUGGAAACAAAGAUGAAGUUCUCAAAGUGAAUGCAUACCUUGACGCUAGGGGUCAA